CUUGGAUUUUCGAGAAGAAGGCAAGACUACACAAACUAACAUGGCAAUGACCUAGUCUCAUUCAUACUGAAAGUGAAUUACUCAAUUAUAGUUCGGUCGAUUAAUCCAUCAUUCACUGGACAUCUCACUCCGACUUCUGUAACCAUUGCUCCAUGGCGCGUCGAUGGAAACCUACAUUACCAUAACGAUCUUUCUACCGACAAAAUGAGCCAGAAGGUGGAUAAAUCACGCCCAACUAGUUAAAUUCAAGACCUCGGCUUGCACACAAUCGGCCUUCGUCCGGAUCGCGGGGUAAGGACGUACUUACUCACGAAAGCAGGCGCAUUUGCGGUGUCGUUUGUACUUCUUGACUCUGCAAAUUAAUCUGCUCUUUUUCACUUACAGAUCAGAUUUCCGCAAGUAUGCCGCCAAAGGAUCAUCCCCCAGUCGUCCUGUUUGGAUACGACUCAAGCCCAUUUACAAACAAAGUCCGGUUGGCACUGCGGAUGAAGCAGAUUCCAUUCUCAUACAUCCCCGUCCCCUCCAUGCUCCCCCGCCCCCUCCUAACCACCACCUUCGCACUCCCCUACCGCAAAAUCCCCAUCCUCGCUAUCGGCCGCGAUCUCUACUGCGACACAUCCCUCAUCAUCGAAGCGCUGGAGCACUUUUUCCCCGCUGACUCGGGCUGGGGAACCGUGUACCCCGCCUGCACGGGUGUGGAAGACUGGACGUACCGCAGUCUCGCGCGGGGGUUUGCUAGUUUCUGGACGGACAAACCGCUCUUCCGCACAACAACAGGCCUCAUCCCCCCCACCGUCUGGUCCACACCCUUCGGCACCGACCGCGCGCAACUAAUCGGGCACACCCUCUCCCCCCGCAAACUCGGCGCUAAAAUCCCCGCAAACCUCUCUUCCCUCGACUUACACCUCUCCCUGCUGGAGCUCGGCUUCUCCCCUUCCGAAAAGAAGAAGUAUACGUGGGUAUUCCCCACGACAGCCCCCUCGCUCGCGGAUCUCAGCCUCUACUACCAAUUGCGUUGGGGCAUCGACAUUGGCGCUGGACGCGGAAUUUGUAAUCUGAGCGGUGGCGGGACGCCGGAUACAGACGCGGAUGUGACGCGCGUUGUGUUUAAUGCGACGCGGUACCCGGGGCUGUGGGGGUGGUUCCACGCAUUCGAAGCGUAUAUCACCUCACUGCCAGACUUACAAGUCACCGUCCCCGCGGCAGAUACGGCAUGGAAAGAUCAGCUCGCGGGCACCCCGUUUCUGGACCAGCUGAUAUGUGCGCGGGAGGGCGCGCUGGAUGUACAGAGGGGACUUGUGCCGGGGGUGAGGGUUCGGGUUGCGCCGGAUGAUACGGGGAGGGGGGAUGGGACGGUGGGCGUGUUGGUAGGGAUUGGGGUUGAGGAGGUGGUUGUUGCUGCUGGGGGGGAGGCGGAGGUGGGUGUUCGGAUUCAUUUUCCGAGGUUGGGGUUUGUGGUUAGGGUGUUGGAGGGGGGGAGUAAGCUGUGA